UAGUCUCUAACCUAAAAAAUAAAGCAGGAAGUGAAAUUGUUAUUGUAAUUGUCAAUUGUUUUGAAAUGUGCUCUGUCAAACAAUAGAAUUGAUAUUAUACUAUGAGUGCUAUUUACUCAAGAGCUUUCGACCAUUUUUCCGACGAUAUAGAUGAUGCGCCUUACUCAGAUCCGGAGCACCAACCUGGUAUGCUGGGACCAGGAGGGGGAGGGAGACACAACCUAGAGUGUGGCGAUGAUGAGGCGGAGUAUAACGACCCAGAGGCUGCCCAAUACAUUGACUUUGAUGACCAAUUUCAGGGUCAUCCAGCUGGCACAGAAAAAGUUCAGAGACGACCACAUGUUCAGAGGGCAGUUUCACUUGAGGAGGAGUACUCCCAGCCCUCAGAUCGCCUGUCUAGGCCUCCCCAGACUCGAAACUCAUCUCAAGACUACACAGAGCCCUACCAUACACAAGGGGGAUUGGUGAAGCGGGAAGCACAGGCACCAAAAUUGCCUGUAGAAGAUAUUUAUGAGCUGGCAAAGAAUGUUCAUGAUCCACAUGAGCAACAAAACACUGCAGGGUGCUAUGGCGAUGGUCAGUAUAACAAGCUGGGCCAAUUGAUGGGGCAAAUGCAGGGAGUUAAUAUCACCUCUAGUACACACAUGUCGGAGAGUUAUGACCACCUUAAUUCCUGGUCACACAACAGCACAGCACAGGUAACCCCGGGGUCUCCAGGCCAAGGAUCCAAGCCCCAGGCCCGGACGGGGUCAAGUGGGGCUGAUGAUGUCUUCACAUCGCCAGGACCUCCCCAUAUUCCUCCGAAUUAUGAGGAGCCUUGGGACUCUGAAAUAGGUCAGAAACGAUUUCAUAGGAUAGUUGGUAGAGCAGAAAAGCAGCAUGAGAGACGACAAUCAAAUGAAUCUUCUGCUCCCAGUCAAGUGCUUAAACAACAAACAAAUAUGGAUACUAGAAAUGAAAGUGCACCGAAAAGAACUCCGCCAACUAGACCACCACCCACAGUUUCAGACAGAAACCAAAGGAGUAGACAUGCUGAAGGAAAUGUGUAUGAAACUGCAUGGGUCGGCAUGUCAGCAGGACAAAACCAGGGACAAUCCAGUGUCAGUGCUAGCCAAAGCGAGGUGAAACCCACUAUCCGCCCAUCCCUACCCCCGGGCACUCUUCCGUCCAACUAUGAGGAUGCGUGGGACCUUCCCGAGAAGCAGAAGGAAUUUGAGGCUAAACUCCAGCUGGCGAGAAAGAAACGUGAAUCAGAAGGCCAGAUACAUGUACAGGAUACCAAGGAGGAGGGGGCUGGGAAUGAGAGCCGGUUUUCACGAAAAUCUGGGGCAGGUAUUAGAAAACCAUCUUCAAGCAAGGUCACAUCUCCAACGCUCCCGCCCACAGAGAUGCGCAGGGUGGACAGUUGCCAAGCCAUGUACGCUCUGGCUGAGAAGGUGGACAUGUACAUUCCACUUAAGGAACAAGUAUUUUACCAUGGUCGACUGAAGCGCAGCGAGGCAGAGCGUAUGUUGAACGUUUUUAAGGAAGGGAGCUACCUCGUUAGAUGUAGUGAGACGAGUCGCAACGACUACUCACUCACACUCAAGGGCUGGAACAGUAUUCCGAUGCACAUGAAGAUAACACGGCAGAUUGAUGGCACAUAUAUACUUGGGGAGCACAGCCCUCCAUUCAAAACCAUACCGGAGAUGGUCGACUACUACACUAGACACGAGCUUCCUGUGCAGAAUGCCCAGAGAAUCUGCCUUCUCUACCCUAUCCCCAGCUAGCUACAUGUUUAUUUAACUAUGCACAACUUUUCAAACCUUCAUGUAUAAACAAUUGUCCUGAACUGUUGUUUUGUUGGCUACAUUAAACUCCCUCAAAACAUAAAAACUUACAGUUAAAAGCAUGAAUUUUGGGUAAAUUGAUGAUUUAACUUUUGAAUUUUAUAUGCAGCUGGACUGUGGCAAGUAAUUUUUUGUUAUAAAAAUGUUUAAGUUGUAAAGAAAUUAAGCGUACUUUAUAGAAAAUAUGUAUACUGCAGAUUUCAAACUGUACUGCCUUUCAGAUUUAUUACCUGGUAACGUGAUAGCAUUUUAAUGGCAUUUAAAUUGCCAACACAAAUCACACAAGCCAAACUGACUUAGAGGGUAAAACAUGCAGAUUUAUUAUGUAGAGCAUAAUUACAUACCAAAUGUCAUUUUAACAAUUUAUUGUGCCUGUUUUCCUAAGUGCUGUCGUUUUUGAUGUGUCAUAAAAUUAUAUUGUUGUAAUAUUUGACUGGGACCAAUGAUACAAUAUGCAGGAAAUGUCAUAGUUAAUAAAUGUGUUUAUAUGUUUUUUAUGUCAACAGUUGCAUUUACUUAGUUAUCUGAAUGAGUGUUUGCAUUUGAAACAGUCCAUAUUUUAGAACGUUAAGAAACAUACCUCUCAUAGACCAACAUUUAGGCAUACAUACACACACAAGCUAGUACAUGCAUUUAAAGAAAUGGACAAGAUGAGAACAAUGGUGUUUUUUUGACAUCAUAUGCAAGUGAAGUCAUAAAGUGUGUAUAUUUUUGUCUUGUGACUACCAUUACUAAUGAUGUAACCAAUGAAGCUAUAGCUUAAAUACUCCAUGAAUGUAUAGAGUGAAUAAUAGGCAAGUGACCUGGAUGGGGAAGUUUAUCGGGCAAGGCAUAGAAAUUCUAUUUAUCCUGUGACAUAUAUGCUUCAUAUGAAAUACAUCAUUUCAACAAACCAUCUGUUUGAUAAUUAUUUUUCUUUUGUAAAUUAUGUUUAUAAUACUCAGCAUGCCAAAGAAAAUAGUUGGCAAAAAGUUAGAUGUUAGAUGUUUAAUCGUCAAAAUUAUUAUUAUUUACUUGGUUCAGUAGAAUUCCAUGUCACUUUUUUCAACUGCUCCCAAGGCCAUGAAUUGAGCAAUUGGCAUUUUUAAACAACACUACAAAAUAACAUUUUGUUGACAAAAUUAGCAUGGAAAAAUAAUAGACACAUUACUUAUACACAAGUAUCCUUAAAGUGUUGAUAGAUAACACAUCAUAUGUCCAGCUUACUCCUUUAAAUAUCAGUUUUCUCAACCUUUGCCUAUAACAGGCCUAUAGCACGCGAGAGGAUAAAAGAACAACUUAUGCAUAUAUAUAUAUAUAUAUAUAAAUAAUGUCGACACAAUGAAAGUUAUACAAGUUCAUGAAAAAUAUCUUAUAAGUUAUAUUAUGAUUAAGCUACAUCAAUUUAAUUUUUGUUCGUCAGAUUUUGGCGAAGAAAAAUUGCAAGUAGGCGAAAAAAAUCCAUUUUUCAAAUUGUAUUUUUAAGGCGAAACCAAUGUCAUAUAUUUCAUGUUUUGAGAUGUUUGUUGCAAGAUGGCUUCAUUAAAUGUGAUGUUGCUGUUUAGUAUUGUUACUUCUGUGAAAAAUAAGGGUGAUCGCUAUUUAUAUAUAUUUUUUUGUCAAUUUCGGAAAAAUUGGUGGAGUUCAUCUAUUAUUGCAACAUAUUGUUUGCCAUGCCAUUUUUUCUGUAGAAGCCUUUCAGCUCCUUGCAAAAUACAAAUGAUUGCAUUUCUGGAUUGGACAGCAAACGAUGAUGACCUGUUCGUUGAAAAUACUGUGUAUUGACCCAGUGUAUUAGUGUAGAAAGAACGCCAAAUAAUUGUGAUAUUUGUAGAAAUAAUGAUACUUACAUAACUGUAUAGUCUAGAUAAUUACUAAUAUGACAUUAUGUGUAUGCUUUUAAUGAUUUCAUAGCACUGUUAAUACAUAUUUUUUAGAUUUUAUAUAACAAUAAAUGCUUUAAAUUUGUUUUAAUGACAAUGUAUGUUCAAGUGUUUUUUCAGUUUUCAAUGUAUCCCUUUGUAGUAUGUAGAGAAUAGUUAAUUGUGUUCUUUGUCAGUAUUUCAUGUAUAUGAAGUCCACUGAUUGGUUUCAGAUAUGUUAGUGAUACUUUUAGACAUCAGUGAUUGUAGUGCAGGACUGUAUUUUCGUUGCCGUUGAACCAGUCAGCUCUAAACCAAUAAUCUCUCUGGUUUAACUAAGGCUUUAUUGUAGCUGCUUUUUUUUUCAACAUUGAUGUUUAAACCCACUAAGUUCAGCUGCGGAGAUAUGUUUUUUUGACAUUAUACCACUUGAAAUAGAUGUUUUUUCAUGUUCAUGUUUUACUAUAGAAACCUAUAAAAAGUUUAGUUAUGUUGGCUUAUGCGUUCUUGUUUUAAAUGUUAAAAAGCAUUUAUAAGUGUUAUAUUUUAUGUAUUAUUCUGCAUAAUUUACUCCUUAGUACUUUAAUAUAUAUAGAUUAGAGCAUGUUCUUGCUCCUUGUUUAUAUGUGUUUGCGUGUCUAUCUUUUUACUAGUAUAUAUGUGUAUUAUCUUAUAAAAAUCACAAGACAGACUAAAAUUAAUUGAAGUAAGAGUUCUUUCUUGUUCCUUGUUUAAAUGUUUGCUUACUUAUCUUUUUACUUGUACAUGUAUUAUAAGUACCAUCCGUUCAAUACAUGUGAAUGUAUAUCCUCUUCAGGUAAAUAUACUCUAUCUUUACUCUUUAUUUUAAUUGUUGAUUACUAAUUAUAUUCUGUUAAAUAAAAUAUUAAAUGCCA